ACUUUUUGUUUCUGCAUUUAUUUGGUCAUGUAAACGUGCUUAGAACUAAUACAAAUUUGCAACUGGUGAAAAUUAAUGCAUGACUUACCAGCAGAGUAUGGAAUGUAAGCAUGUGCCAUGAAAUUGCAAUUCUCUCAUUCUUUAUUUUCUAUCACUUACGUGCCGGUCCCAUUUAGAGUGUAGUCCACUCUUAUUUUUUGUUUCAUAGAUUGGCCAAAAUGGGAAGGACUGGAUUCCGCUCUCUUCCACGAAGAGUCAAUGGAACUGGCUGAGAUCAAGGUCUGAGGCUCUUUCCACCUGUCACCAGUCCCUUUUUGCUUUCUUUUACGACCACAUGAAACUUGAGAAGCCACCUAAAGCUAAAUCAUUUAGUGGAGUUGGGCAGUUCCCAAGUGUCCAACAAGAAGGCCUGCUUUAGGCUGCGAUGGCCACUGUCAUUCCUGGUGAUUUGUCAGAAGUAAGAGAUACCCAGAAAGUCCCUUCAGGGAAACGUAAGCGUGGUGAAACCAAACCAAGAAAAAACUUCCCUUGCCAACUGUGUGACAAGGCCUUUAACAGUGUUGAGAAAUUAAAGGUUCACUCCUACUCUCACACAGGAGAGAGGCCCUACAAGUGCAUACAACAAGACUGCACCAAGGCCUUUGUUUCUAAGUACAAAUUACAAAGGCACAUGGCCACUCAUUCUCCUGAGAAAACCCACAAGUGUAAUUAUUGUGAGAAAAUGUUCCACCGGAAAGACCACCUGAAGAACCACCUGCACACGCACGACCCUAACAAAGAGACGUUUAAGUGUGAAGAGUGUGGCAAGAACUACAACACCAAGCUCGGCUUCAAACGUCACCUGGCCCUGCACGCCGCCACCAGCGGUGACCUCACCUGCAAGGUCUGCCUGCAGACGUUCGAAAGCACAGGAGUGCUGCUUGAGCACCUCAAGUCUCACGCGGGCAAGUCGUCCGGCGGGGUCAAGGAGAAGAAGCACCAGUGUGAGCACUGCGACCGCCGCUUCUACACCCGGAAGGACGUCCGGAGACACAUGGUGGUGCACACUGGAAGAAAGGACUUCCUCUGUCAGUACUGUGCACAGAGAUUUGGGCGGAAGGAUCACCUGACUCGCCACAUGAAGAAGAGUCACAACCAAGAACUUCUGAAGGUCAAGACGGAACCGGUGGACUUUCUCGAUCCAUUCACCUGCAACGUUUCCGUGCCUAUCAAAGACGAGCUCCUUCCGGUGAUGUCCUUACCUUCCAGUGAACUGUUGUCAAAGCCAUUCACAAACACUUUGCAGUUAAACCUCUACAACACUCCGUUUCAGUCCAUGCAGAGCUCGGGACCCGCCCACCAGAUGAUCACAACUUUACCUUUGGGAAUGACGUGCCCGAUAGAUAUGGACGCUGUCCACCCUUCUCACCACCUUUCUUUCAAAUACCCCUUCGGUUCUACCUCAUACGCGAUUUCGAUUCCUGAAAAAGAACAGCCACUAAAGGGGGAAAUUGAGAGUUACGUGAUGGAGCUGCAAGGCGGCGUGCCCGCCUCAUCCCAGGAGUCCCAGGCAUCAUCAUCUAAACUGGGGCUGGAUCCUCAGAUCGGCUCCCUAGAUGAUGGCGCAGGGGACCUGUCCCUGUCAAAAAGCUCGAUUUCCAUCAGCGACCCCCUAAACACACCAGCCUUGGAUUUUUCCCAGCUGUUUAAUUUCAUACCCUUAAACGGCCCUCCCUAUAAUCCUCUGUCGGUGGGGAGCCUCGGAAUGAGCUAUUCCCAAGAGGAAGCGCAUUCUUCUGUGUCUCAGCUGCCCCAGACCCAGGAUCUUCAGGAUCCCGCAAACACUAUAGGUCUCGGCUCCCUGCACUCACUGUCCGCAGCGUUCACGAGCAGCUUUAGCACGAGCACCACGCUCCCGCGUUUCCAUCAGGCUUUCCAGUAGGAGUCCACGACGUGGACCGAACACAGAAAUCUGUGUGUGGCCCUGCCUUAGGCGACCGUUUGUAUUUUAGUGCCUACGUUAAAACAGCAUAAACGUUUCUGCUUUUGUACAGUACCGAUUUUCAUUAAGCCAGUAUGACAUAGAAACAAGCUUUUAUAAGCGAGCUUCGGAGCCGUUUGCGUUCAGUUCUGUUUACCUGGGUAUUUUGUCCACGCUCACUGCCAAUCGUCCUGUUUUAAGACGGUUUUUCCUCUAGGGAAGCCAUUAUUAUCAGUAGCGGUAAAGUCUUACGAGUCCCACGUUCAAAUUACUUUUAGGUCUCAAAAUGUCCAGUUCUGUCCGAUAACCAUGGCUCUGCCUUUUGACAUUUGGCUCGUUAAAGAGUUUUGCAAUAGGAUGUAAAUUUUCUAAAAUGUAUGUGAAUAACCUGAGAGUUUUUAAAUUCUUACUAGUCUCUAAAUGGAUUCAUAAGCAAAUGUUUCAAAUGAAUUAAGAAUCCAGUUUGGGGAGAUGAUAGAUGUUUCUUUAGCUAUACCAUAAUUUCAGGUCAGUAUAUUUUGAAGACUUUGCUAUUGUCUGGCUCAGAUAUUUUGCUGUCUUUAUUAUGCACACGUAAGGAAAACGAAACCUAAACACAAAGCACCAGUAUUUAUAGCAAAAAAAGACUCCUGGGAAGGUGACACAGCAUUCCAUGUUACUCAGUAGUUGGCCUUAAAUCAGUGCACAGGAUAUUUUUUGCCACGUUUCAAAGUUGCUCUCUUUCCGAUUGAAUAGUGCUAGUCACGUUACGGCAUGGGACUCUUCAGAGUCAGUGUAUGGAUCGAUCUCUGGGCUCCUUAAUCCUUUCCGCCUUUCGUGGCCAAAGGGUGGGGUCAAGUGCAGUCAGCAGUUCUAUUUUAAAAUGUCGGUCCACAGUUAGCCCAGAAUCGAGAGCCAUUGUGGAACACAGGUGUUAGGUGUGUUUAUCCCAGAGCGGACCGUCUCUUCUUGGAUGGCGUGAUAGAUAGACUGCUAAGAAGGCAGAUGUGUGAUGUAAAGCACUUGGUUCGGCUCGGGAACCUGUCUAGGGAUCAUGUCCCUCGUUGCCAGGGUUGGAAACUAGCCUCUUGAGGCGUAAAGUCAAAGCAUAUCGCUUACGUCACUCUUACUUAACGUGAAAGCGACGAUCGAGAAGAGUGUGUUCCCUGGACGCAGCAGUUCUUAUGGGCUUUCCUCCUAGUAGACAACCACCAGCAUCCUUCUGAAGGUCACAUUAUAUUCUUCUAAGUGUUAGCUGGGACAUCCGCCUAAGAAACAUAUCUAUUAAGCACUUGCUAACACCUUAUUUGGGGACCCUGUCUGUUGGGGUGGGUAGGAGGGGGAAGGUUUAUAGAAGAGUGUAUAUCUCUUGAAAAAAAAAAAAAAGAAAGAAAAAGAGAAGAAAAAUAUUUCUGAGUACUCAUUAGCCCUGUACGGAAGCUUCUUUUUUUCAUUCACAGGGCCGAUUAUCACUGCAGAUUGCGAUGUUUACCCAGAAUUUCUAAAAAUGAGUGCAGAUUACGGAAUAUAAUACGUUAUUUAAAAUAUUUGGGAGUAGUAUAAUUUGUGGAAAAAUGUAAAUUGUAAUAAUGUAAAGGGGGGGUUUCACUAUAUAUAUUAUACACACACACGUAUAUCGCACUUCAUAGAACCAGAGUUGCUCUCUUAAGGGAGCUUUGGCUCCUGAUACUUUAUCAUGCUCCUAUUUUUUUUUUAAAUUCUAGGAGCAGUAGUUUUUAUACUUAUGUAUUUAAAUUUUAUUAUUAAAAAAUUACAUUUUAUAAAAAGUGUGUUCCAAAGGCAUUAAAAUUAUAUAUGUUAAUAAGGAAAUACAUUUAAAAUUUUUUUCAAACUGCUCCUAAGCUUUUGAUUAGGAGACUAUUUGCUCUGAAAGUAGGCUUUUAGCUCUGCUUUAUUACUGCUUCCUUUAGUUUCUAUGAAACAGAUUGCUUACUUAAAUCAUUAGUUGAAUGAUUAGUGUUCAAUAUUGCUUUAAUCACCAUUAAAAAAAAAAGGAAAAAGAAAUUGGUGACAGAGCACAAAUAAAUAGAAAACCUAUUUUUAAGUAAACGUCACAAAUACAAGUGUGGAAGCACUACUUUGUCUAAAAUUUGCUUCAGGAGAAGUCAAAUUAAUGACCUGAGACGCUGGCCUUGGUAGGCUGUAUUUCACUGCUCAUAAACGAUUAAAAAGGGAGUACCAGGAUUUAUGCAGCAAAGCAUUUUGGAAAUGGGGAGUGGCACCAUAUGCGUGUAUAUCUUUUUAGCCUAAUUCUCGCCCUGCACGGAAUUCAGAUACACGGAGGCAUUUCUUUCAGGGCACCUGGGUUAGAAUGGUAGAGUCUUAAUAUUCACGUGAACACCCCUCUCUGCCUGUCGCUGCCUCACAGACUUGAAAUAACGCUUCCGAGGAAGAGGGACUUUGAGCUCUUUUGUUUCUCACAUUGACUCUACUGGUCACCAGAGCCUUUUGGAGAGAAUUUCUGUUAAACACGAGGCAGCCUCAUUUACUUUAAUUGCACAAGGGUCUAACAAGGAUGCGACACAGAACUGGCUCUUUUUUCCUAGAAAAAGAAAAGUGGACAUGUGUUUUUCCAUCACCUGGAUGUGUUAAAAAUAAUGAUUGCCAAUGCUGUUUUUCACUCUCCCCGUGGCCAGAAGCCUCACCCUUGAAAUUUCGAGUAGUGCCUUUGCUUGGUUUAAAAAAAGAAAAAACAAAAAAAGGGAUUAAGUCAAAACGUAAAAAUAAUUCAGUUUCUUAGAAUUUGGACCUCAGACAAGAUAUUGAACCUCAUUCAGUUUGAACUUCCACGCGUGUGUACAGAUUCGAUCCGCAGACACAAAAGCACGAGUGCGGAAGGGUCUUGGCACCGUAAGCAAUAUUAUCCACUGAUGUAUGCAAAUAUCAUCUUCAUAGUAAAGUGGUCACUGUUACAAUUCACAUUUUAAACUCCUAUUACCGAGUGCAGUUUGCAAAACUCCGGUCGUCCUGGCUGAUCACACAUCACUCUUUGUGCAACUUUUUCAUUUCAUUUCGUGUUUCUUCCAAGCUGUGUAUUUCCGCCUAUUUGUUGCUUGUGCUUUAUUAGUCAUUUGUGGAAUAUAGUGAUAUAUUGUGUUAAUUGGGACAGUAGCGGUUUUUAAAAACCAUAUACUGACUGAAACAUGAGCCAGAGCUGACUGCUUUAUUAAGCUAAUAAUGAAUGUUAAAAGAGUACAUAAUUCAGGAUCGUUCAUCUAGUAAGCAAUACACGUAUAUAGGCCAAUAUUUUUUUUUUAAAAAAAAUAGAGCUUGGUCAACCUCUAUACUACACAUAUUACAAGAUAUAGCACUUUCAAAACGAAUCUAAACCUUUACAGAAACUUUCUUAUAGGUUAUGCCUUUUAUUUUAAGACUUAUUAUAAUUUGUUUCAAGUGCCAUUAGAUGAUAUAUAUGUAGGCCUUUGAUAUAUAAUGCUUUGUGUUCAAAAAUGGUAGAUGGUAUUUUAAACAGGUACAUUUUUACAGUGUUUUCUUAUCAAUUUGCUAUAUUGCACAGAAUCAGUGUGUGUCUUUUCAUAAGGUUUUACAAUGGUUUAUUUUUUUACAAGGUUUACGUGUCUCAAAACACACUGUCUUCCCAGUAUGUAAAUUAAAGAAUACCAGUUCACCCAAGUUGCUUCUAGCCUACUGAGAUCCACGUGACAUUGGAGGAGAUCUUCUAAAUGGCGAGCAUUCGUCAUUAGCAAUGGCAGACUGUUGUCUCUGACGAGUAGUGCCUCAGUUGACUCUGUCUUCUUUUUCUCGCAGGGUGUCAGCAGCCAUGCCUACACCACAGAUAGUCUUGCUGUGAUCACCUAGAUCCACGCGAGUCGUGUUGUGUAGUUUUGUGCUAAGAACCCUCCAGGGCGCCCUUUCGAUCACGUAGAGCAGACCGAUGCCACCAGCAUUGGUAAAGGCACACGUAGGCCCUCAUCCCCCUUAGGCCCUUCUACAUUAUCAGCCCUCUGAGGAUGGAAAGGCAGUGUCUUUUGAUAAGUGCUCUAGCUCUAGAAAUGACAAGAACCAUUGCUAAUGUAUGAAACACUUCCUUGUAUAAGCUUCAGUGGUACAGACGAACCAGAAUGAAUGUUUAUCUUCUCAGAAACACUCCUUCGGUAUUACGUUGGGUCAUGCUGCUAAUGGAACUUGGGAUACAACUCUUCAUGGUGCUACAAACUUCUCUGUCUCGUUCAGUCAUAUUUUUGUAUCCAUAGGGAAACAAGAGGACUCCAUUAGGCGUAAAGGUGUACAAUAUAUUUUUAUACUGUGACUCAAUUUGUCAUGAACAGACUUUUACAGCACCCACCACAAUGUAUUCGCGUGCACUUGCAAAAGGAAAUCUGGGACGUGCAAAUGUUACCGGAACAAACCCAGCUUUUGUCUGCGAGGUGACUAUUACUCAAAGUGAAAAGUGGGCUUCGUAAUACGGUGUGGAGUGAAGAACAUGCUGUAGGUUACUAACAGCCCUUUGAAUUUAACAAAAACUGGGAAUCCACUAGGAAAUGGAUUGCAUCAUGCCUGAGCAUAAGCUGGACUGCUGACAUUGUACUUUUAGCUGACGAGAAAGUGUUUGGACUAGUACUCUCAAGAUGUUCUAAUGAUAAAGGUGUGAGUCAGAAUAGACCAGAAGAAUCUGCAUUCCAGGCUGAAUUUUUGUAUAUUUUUCUUGCAUUUAAAAAUCGCUCUUCUGUGAUAUGGGGAAAUCAAGUGGCUUAUCAUGUAUAUCGUGUACUUAAAAUGUAUUCACAAACUACUGUUGUAUUUGUAUAAAAUAUAGACAAAGAUCGUAUUUUUUGUGUGUGUAUAAGCUCUGUAAAAUAGCAAUCACAUUAUGAAGCUGCACUGAUACAUUUUAAACAUCCACAUCCAAAGAAGCAGGCUAUUUAUUGUCCAGUUACCCAGAUAUAAAAUAUUACUUUGCUGCUAAUUAAACAAUAGUACUGCA